GGACUGCUGACCUUUCACUCUCUGGAGCCGGCAGCUCCCAGCGGGGGAGAAGCUGAUCUCCGCCUGAGGAAGCCUCAUUUGCACAAGAAUUUGGGGGCCAUUUCCAUUUUGCCAUCCUGUUGUCGAGAAUGACAGGAAUGGAGACUGAAACAGAGAGAGACAAAGCCAUGGAAGAAGAAAGCACCGAGCAGAAGAAGGAAAGAGAGAAGAAGAAGAGAUCAAGAGUUAAGCAGGUGCUGGCAGAUAUAGCCAAGCAAGUGGAUUUCUGGUUUGGUGAUGUCAAUCUCCACAAAGACAGAUUUCUUCGAGAACAAAUAGAGAAGUCCAGAGAUGGGUAUGUUGACAUAUCACUUCUUGUUUCUUUCAACAAGAUGAAAAAAUUGACUACUGACGGGAAGCUGAUCGCUCGGGCAGUUAAAAGUUCAUCUGUUGUAGAGCUGGAUUUGGAAGGAACCAGGAUCAGGAGGCGGCAGCCGCUGGGCGAGUGCCCCACGGACGUGGACAGUCGGACGGUCUAUGUGGAGCUGCUUCCCAAGAACGUCAAUCACAGCUGGAUUGAGCGGGUGUUUGGGAAGUGUGGCAAUGUCGUUUACGUCAGCAUCCCCCGCUACAGGAGCACUGGGGAUCCAAAGGGCUUUGCUUUUGUUGAAUUUGAAACUAAAGAACAAGCAGAGAAAGCCAUUGAGUUUUUGAAUAAUCCACCAGAAGAAGCACCACGGAAACCUGGGAUUUUCCCCAAAACAGUAAAGAAUAAACCAGUUCCUACACUGAAUUCAAGUGACACCACUGUAGUAGAAGAGAAGAAAAAGAAGAAAAAGAAGAAAUCUAAAAUCAAGAAGGAGAGCAAUGCACAGGCAGCUGCAGAGCCAAAGGAAUCCAACACUAACAACACAACAGAGGCAGCACCCAAGUCUAAAAGGCACAGAACCCCCUCAGAGUGUUCUGAGAUGGAGGGAACUGAGCCCCCCAAGCUGCCCUCCAAAAAGGAAAAGAGGAAAUGGGACAGAACAGAGAGCUCUGAGGUAACCUGGGAAAGCAGGCCAGGAAAGAGAAAAAGAGCCACCUCAGGAGAUGGUGAGACAUCAGCUCCAAAAGUCAAGAAAAAUGCUGAAAAAGAUGAAGUUGAAACAAUAAAAGAAGAAACAACAGAAGUUCCAAAAGAUUCCAAUGAAGUUUCUGCAGAAGAAGACAAAGACAAAAAAGACACAUCCCUUUCCAAAUCUAAAAGGAAACACAAGAAAAAGCACAAAGAGAGACACAAAAUGGAGGAAGAAGUCAUUCCCCUCAGGGUACUCUCCAAGACCGAAUGGAUGGAUUUGAAGCAGGAAUAUUUGGCUCUGCAGAAAGCCAGUAUGGCCUCCUUAAAGAAAACCAUGUCUCAAAUCAAACCUGAGCCCGUGGGAGAAAUGGAGACGGAGUCUGGUGUGCAGAAAUCUGAAAAUGACAAAACCACCAGUGAAGAUUGUGCCCCUCCCGCCAAGGCCAACACAAUGGGGCCUCAGUUUGUCAGCGGAGUAAUUGUGAAGAUCAUUAGCAGCGAGCCCCUGCCGGGCAGGAAGCAGAUCAAGGAUGCUCUGGCAGUGCUGGCUGAGGUGGCUUAUGUUGACAUGCUGGAGGGGGACACCGAAUGCCACAUCCGUUUCAAGACUCCUGAGGACGCACAGACUGUCAUGAAAUCACACAAAGAAAUACAGAUCAAAAACAACUGGAAAUUCGAAGUUCUCACUGGUGACCACGAGCAGCGUUACUGGCAGAAGAUUCUGGUGGACAGACAAGCUAAGCUGAACCAGCCUCGAGAAAAGAAGCGGGGUACAGAGAAGUUGAUUGCCAAAGCUGAAAGGAUGCGGCUGGAGAAGACCCAACAGACGAGCAAACACAUUCGCUUCACUGAUGACAACUAACAGGGCUGCUGUGGGCUUGGGAGUGAACUGUAGCUGUUCCAGACACAACAUCAGCACCAGCCCCCACAGCCACUGCUGCUUCCAGCAAGCCAGCCCGGGCCCUUGGAGCCACAGCUCUGCAGACUGCAAGUGUGAUUGGUUCUCAACCCCAUUUUUACUAGGCUGAAUGUUUACUGCUUCUGAGCCCUUAGGUAAAGCUUUUUGGAACAUGUGUAUUAUGAGAUCUUCCUUUAGUUCACUUCCACUUUGUUGGGAUUUUCUCUCUUUUUUUUUGUUUUGUUUUGUUUUUGUUUUGGGUGGUUUUUUUUGUAUGUUUUAUACACUAGGUUAUAAAAUAAAAUGCUUGAGAAUUUC